GUCCGUAGUACCACCACCACCAACACCAUGCUUUGGCUGCCAACACCUGUUCUCGUCCUCCUUCUGGUGCUGGGCUUUGCCGCCGCCGACGACGCGUGCCAUCUUCCACACGAUCUGCACCUCAACCCGACCGGCGCCGCGACGCUCUCCCACGGCCAGGUCGAGUACAUCUUUGGCCAGCCCCAGUUGCCAGGCGCCAUCUACCGAACGUGCGUGCACGGUGCGAUCACUUGCUUCGAAGACGAUGGCAACGCCGACGGCGACGAGGACGACCCCGUGAGCUGCCACAAGGCGGACGCCAAGCGCCGACUGGGCCUUGCGACUCAGCACAAGCACCUUUUCUGGCCUCUCGCAACCCUCUGCUAUCAGAUCGAAAGUCCCUUUACGCCCACCGAGCUCAACUUGAUCCAGGACGCGAUGCAUGCCAUUGUCGAGCCCACCGGUGUCUCGAUGCUGACGCUCGACGAGUGCAAGGCGUCGCCACGAGCGCCCGAUCUCUGUGGUGGCUGCCAACACUACGUGUCGAUCCACCAGCGCCCGCACCGCCGCGGCACGUACGCGGCGGUGGGGUACCUCCAGAGAGCGGGCCAAGACAUCAACUUGAAGCCGAGCGCCUUCAAGCAUGGGAGCGGCACCAUCAUGCAUGAGAUGCUCCACGCCCUUGGUGUCUCGCACGAGCACGUGCACCCGGCGUCCGAGGCGAUCGUCUUGCGCGGGCACAAGCUGGCGGCGUCGCGCAACAACUAUGUGCUGCGCCGAGAGGCUUUUGUGACGCAGUACGACAAGCACUCGAUCAUGCACUAUGGCCACGGCGUCUGUCUGCCCAAGAACAAGAGUCUCAAGUACUGCAGCAUCGAAGAGAACGAGAAGGAUGGGUGUGUCGUCCCGACCGCCGACGACUGCGAUAAAGAAGCGUCGCUCGUCCUUGGCCAGCGCGACGGUUUGAGCAACGGUGACGUUCGGACGCUCCAGGUUCUGUAUGAGCUUCCGACGACCAUGACACAACGCGACGCCUUGGGGGAUCGCCCAAUCCCAACUUAAACUACUGCUUUGUAGUAUAUGCACAUUCAAUAAGCCUGUGACAAUACUGGAUCAUUUUCAAUGGCC